AAGAAGUAAAUAGUGUCGAUAAAUGAAAUUUCUUUGUAACCGUAGUAUUUAAGAAUUGCGAUAGUAUUUGAAAUGCUCAAAUAAUUUGUAACCAUGAACCGUAGUAAUAACUGUGUACAGUGAAAUAAUGCGUAAAUUAACUUAAUUUUGCAAUCCCACACCUUAAAAAAUCUUCCAAUCGUGCAAGAUGGAAGUAGAUGUGCAAAAACAGUCACUUUUGGAUACCAAGAGACUCUUGUUAAUAUCUCUUAUAUCAGGAGGUUUGGCUGGUACAUUUGUUGACACUAUUCUCUAUCCCAUAGAUACACUUAAAACUCGCUUGCAGAGUCAACAUGGAUUUUUAAAAUCUGGUGGGUUUUCAAAUCUUUAUAAAGGUUUGACACCAGUUAUAUUAGGCUCAGCUCCCACAGCUGCUUUGUUUUUUGUUACUUAUGAUAGCGUGAAGACAUUUGUAUAUCCUAAAGUGUCUUCAAAUUAUACACCUUUUGUUAAUAUGGGUGCUGCUGUUUUUGCAGAGGCUAUAUCAUGCUUUAUAAGAGUUCCUGUUGAAGUGUUGAAACAGAGAAAGCAAGCUUUACUUAAUGAUCAGAAAGGCUACACCAUAAGAUUGCUGUAUAGAGGAUAUUGGAGUACAGUUUUACGUGAUAUGCCUUUCAGUCUCAUUCAAUUUCCAAUAUAUGAGUUUUUAAAAAAAUCAUGGUCAGAUUAUAUUGAGAGAGCUGUUUUACCAAUAGAAGGAGCUUUAUGUGGAGCAAUUGCUGGAAGUAUUGCUGCAGCUGUAACAACUCCUUUAGAUGUAGCAAAAACAAGAAUAAUGUUAUCAAAAGAAUCUUCUGUUUCCAGAUUAUCAGUUGCAAGUAUGCUGAAAACUAUUUACAAAUCUAAUGGCUUCAAAGGUUUAUUUGCUGGGAUUGCUCCAAGAGUUACUUGGAUAUCCAUUGGGGGAUUUAUUUUUUUUGGAGUUAAUGAAAAGUCCAAAGUUUUAUUGCCAAAGAUUAUUGCCUAAUUAUCAUUUGGAUAAAUAUAUAAAUGUACACUUACAAUUUAAGUAAGUAUUAAUCAUUUUAAACGCAAUUUUUUUAAAUUUUACAUUCAAUUCAAGCUAAUUUAAAAUGUUUAUACUUUUAAAAUGAGUACAGUGUUGCACAAGUUGAGUAAAACUCAAUCCCUUUAUUGUAUUCAAUUCUGAGUGUGUGAGGACUUAUAU